AUUAACGAUCGAUCAAACCGCCCCUCGAUUGUUAAUUUAGCAGAUCUUGUUUUACAUCCUCUUCCUUCGUCUCCAGAAGCUUUGAACAACCAUGUCAACUAAACGCGCCUUGCAUUUCGUUUUUAAAGUAGGGAACAGGACCGAAACGGCCAAGUUUUACAGGGAUAUACUUGGCAUGAAGUUUUUGCGUCAUGAAGAAUUUGAGGAAGGAUGUAAAGCGGCCUGCAACGGACCAUAUGACGGGAAAUGGAGCAAAUCUAUGGUUGGUUACGGGCCCGAGGAUAACCAUUUUGUUGUGGAAUUGACAUACAAUUAUGGCAUUGGCAGUUACAAGCUUGGAACUGAUUUUAGAGGCAUCACAAUUCAUUCCAAAAAGGUUAUUGAAAAUGCCCAAAAGAAUGGUUACCCGGUAACUGAGGAGGGAGACAAGAAGGUGGUUAUCUCCCCUGAUGGUUACAGAUUUAUUGUGGUGGACGAGGAUGUAAGGGAGGUAAGCAAGUAUGACCCAGUUAAAAAAGUGACUCUAGCUUCAUCAGAUUUGAAAAAGUCAGUUGACUACUGGUCAAGGCUAGCUGGGAUGACGGUGUACACCCAGACGGAGAAGACCGCUCUGCUGGGCUACGGUGAUGACCAGUGUAGCCUAGAGCUGUACGACAUCGGAGGAGAUGUGGAUCAUGGGACAGCCUUUGGACGGAUUGCCUUCUCUUGUCCAGCCGCAGAGCUACCUGGAAUAGAACAAACUAUGAAGUCGGAAGGACAGAAGAUCCUGACCCCUCUGGUUAGUCUGGACACCCCUGGUAAGGCCACAGUCUCUGUGGUCAUUCUGGCUGACCCGGACGGACACGAGAUCUGUUUUGUUGGGGACGAGGCAUUCCGAGAACUCUCCCAGGUGGAUCCGAAUGCUGACAAGCUUCUGGAUGAGGCUGUUGCUGCAGAUAAAAGUGAUGAGUGGUUUGCGAAAAAAGGUCGCACAAAGGCAUCGGCGGAAUGA